CCAUACCCGCAUCACGGUCGAGAUCGUAGAUUCCGAGUUUUCCACGCUCCGCAUUUUGGACAGAAGCGUGUCUGUUUGUCGAAAAAAAAACACAUACGAAAGGAUCCCGUGUCCCCCCGCCGUGCUUCACGUGCCCUGUGACAGCCCGUGUCUGUGUGAGAGAGUGUGUUGUUUUCUUGUUCCUGCGUGUGUUGAGUGUGUAAUCGAUCCAGCAGCGAGAUGGCCUUCACCUACAAGGUAGCCGGUGUGCUGUGCUUAGUCCUAGCCGUGACCGUGGCCCUGCCGGCCGAAGAUUCGGGCCGUUCGUCCCGCAAUGCGAUCGGCGGUGGCGAGAGCGACCUGGUCGGCAGCAUCUACAAGGAGUGCCUGUCGUCCGACUCGGUGUCUUGCGUCAAGUACAAGCUGUUCAGCUUCAUCGAUCGUGUCGUGGCCAAGCGCAGCGUGUUCGCCCUGACCGACGGCGUGACCGUGGUCAAGACUCCCGGCGUGCCCGAAACCGAGGGUGCUCCCCGUGCGCUCAGCGGCGAUGAGUCGCUCGAGUCGCUGCUGCUGUCCCGCGUCCAGUCCUUCCUCGCCACGCACACCAUCAAGGUCGACCUGAAGGGCGCGGACAUCGUCAAUGCCGUGACCUCGACCGGCCGCGCCCUCGAGGACGUCUCGGAGAACCUGCUCGCCGCCGAUUCGGACGAUGAGGAAAAGUCGGAGGGACCGGCCGGUGGUGAGGCUCGUGGCAAGAAGAAGAAGGCCGCCAAGAUCCUGGGCCCGCUGCUGCUCGCCGUUGCGCUGAAGGCCGCCGCCCUGCUGCCGCUGCUGCUCGGUGCGAUCGCCCUGAUCGCCGGCAAGGCUCUGCUCAUCGGCAAGAUCGCGCUCGUGCUGUCCGCCAUCAUCGGGCUCAAGAAGCUGCUGUCGCAAGAGAAGCACGUCACGUACGAGGUCGUCGCUCACCCGCACCACUCCACCAGCCACACGUCCAGCCACGGCGAUGCCUACUCGCUCGGCGGCUCGUACGGAGGCGGUGAGGUCGGUGGAUACAGCGCCAGCUCCGGCCAUGGCGGCUGGGGACGUUCGAUCCAGGACGCGCAGGACGUCGCGUACAGCGGCCAGAAGCCCUAAAUGCCACCGACAGAUGCUCCAAAUCACACCAAACCACAUCACCACCACCACAACCACCACCACCAUCAUGAACAUUAUUUAUUUAAUUUAUUUAGCGUCAAGUGAAGGUGUUAAAGUUUGCGUUCGAUUGUUAGGAGGUCAAGGUUGUUAGGGCGAGGAGCACGCCUCGCAGGAGCCAUGAGGCGAACGGGAUGGGGCUCGCCAUCGAACCAAAGCCAGCGGAAAGUGGUGCCUGCGCGAUGUCCAUUCCGGCCAUUCCGCGGCCCGCUUGCCGCCCGUAUGGCUCUCUGUCUCACUCACCUUCCGCUAGCUCUAUCCCUUUGUUGUCUUGCUCUGUCUCUCACUCUUCCCCUUACGUUUACGCUUAUCAAUUUUCACACACGAUCUUUCUUUUGUACUAUAUUGUUUCCUUAGCGCCAAUCUAAUUUCUAUUCUACCCACAGCACGAACCGUUGUUGCGUUCGUUGCUGCACUUUAACGCUUGCCUUUCGUGAAAUUUGUGUACUUUUCCGCAACAUACCCUACCGUGCAGGCAAAUCCCCGAUAGUGGAACCGUUUCGAUGGGCCUCUGGAAAAGGGUUCCGAAGCCCGAGCCCGAUCCCAAGCCAUCCAGAUCACCACAAACCGAAAGCGAAGAACGAAGAAAUAAAAGCUCAAAUUAUUUCCAAAAAUAA